UGACAUUCAACUGCAGAGGCAGUCGUCAGUCUAUCGCUUGUUUUACAAAAGAAAGCACUUCUGCCUCGAUACGAGAUUAUAAACAGAUUUAAAUAAGUGGAGACAAACGGUUGACACCAGGAACUUUACGAGUAUAUUAUGUAUUGUGUAGUUCCUCCUGUAGCGUUGCAUCCUUGUGUGACUUCCCGGACAUUUUAAUAUUAAGUUGUUUUUUAUAAACUAUUUCAAUAAUGCUGUGGUUAUCUUUGAUUGUGUUAUUGAGUGUUAUUUGCACCGGUUUAUCAAUCAACAGGCCUGUGUACAAAAUUGUACUCAAACAAAAAGGAUACGCGCAGUUUCUGCAAUACGACAUUGAGACCCCUCCGCUGAGAGAGUUCACCAUCUGCACUUGGAUCCGUGUGUACGAACUCAGCGGCGACCAGAGCAUAUUCACAUACGUCGCGAACGGCAACAACCGUGUUGUAAGGCUGUGGUUGGACUCGGGGGGGAAGCACAUCAACGUGUCGAUCAAUGGCAAGGUGACGUCCAGCACCGCGGUGGACAUCACGAAGGACGUGUGGCGGCACGUCUGCCUGUCCUACCAAUCGGACUUCGGAGCGUGGGCACUCUACGUGGACUCCCGCCUCCUCUCCUGCCAGGCAUCACAGAGCCUUCUUGGAUACGUGCUACCUCCGAGCGGCAGUGUCAUUAUUGGAUAUGGGACAGCAGAAAAUGGUGCUCCUAAUGGAUUGGAAGGCGAAAUAUUUGGAACAAACAUGAUAUUGGCAUCCACUAUAGAAAGAAAUUACACGAUAAGAAACGAUCCUCACUAUGCACAAAAGAAAUUUCAUCAAAACAAAAUGAAAAGUAGCAGCCAUCAUAUGAACUAUAUUGUUUUGAGUGAUUUACAAACUGGUGAACUUAAGAAUAAUUUUGAAACUACGCAUGUACCAACGACAAAUGCUACGAAGAGUUUCAUCCGAUUUAGAACGCCGCACAGUUUUAUUGACCACGCCGUUGGUUUAGAUAUUACUACAAAAAAUACUCCUGCAUCGAUUAUACCUAAAGAUUUUUUGGGAUUCCCGGAUAAAACUGAACAACCAGAUGGUCUAACAUUUUGGAAUUUAAGUGAAAAUGAGCAUACAGGUAAAUACAAUAUUCCGGACAAAGUUAAGGGUCAAAACAAUGCAUCAAGUACCAAUAUUCCCAUUUUAUUAUCCGAGUUCGAGACGCCGCCACCACCACCGUCGAAAUUCACGUAUUUUGCAACGACUUUGGAAAAGGAAAUAUCUCCGGAUACUGGUCACAAAUUUAGAUCAGUUACAGAGCCCAGCAAACCUGCAGUUCAUAAAAAAACUCCGGCCGAGAUAUCAGAAGUGGAAACACCACCACCCAUAGACAGGAAUCCUAAAGUUUAUGGUCAAUGGACUAGUUCCAAAUUCGCUGGCAGCGUCUUAAAUUAUCUUAAAAAUAUCCAACAACGAUCCAGAGAGCAGAAAAGAGUUCCACAGACUAUCCCAUUGUCUAAACUAUCUGACAGCUUUCCUUACGCCUCGGAUUUUAAAAUUAGUAAAAUUCGGCCACCAUUUCAAUUCCAACGCAGAAAUUUAGUUGAAAAACAGUUUGAUUCGAACAAAAGAAGUCCUCAAAUUAACGUACAAAUAUUAGAGGACGAUUUAAGACAUCAAAUUAUAAAAACGCAUGCUCAAGCGCAACCAAAACAGGUUGAAAUCACACACAGAGGAGUACGAAAAAGAAAACACGAGCGCAGGUUUUAUAGAAACGCUGAAACUCAAGAAAGUGCUGAAAGUAUGGAGAGCACUGAAAAUGUUCGCGGCCAAAAAGUGUUAAAUAAAAGAAAAGUAAAACAUACAGCAGACUUAACUUUACAAACAAAUAAAUUAUUGUCUAUUCUUCCAUUUUUAAAGUCGUUGGAGUACUUUGUUGAAAAUGCUGGCAGCCCAAUUAAGGAUGAUAAGACUGAUAUGUAUACCAGAAGUUUAUCUGCUGGCAACAAAUGGCAUAAUGUUAAAUCGUAUAGUAACGACUACACACCGCGUGAGAUGAAAUUUGACACGCUUAGUGGACAAAGUGCUAUUGACGAAAAAAUUGCAGAAGUGAACAAAAGACACCCAGGAAUCCGACAUAAUUACAAACACGAGAGUCGCAACCUGUUACUGCACAAAGAGGACCCGAGUUUGUUAAAAGGUCGGGCACUAGCUGCAGAGGUAUCCAAUCAAUCGGAUUACAACAAAGAUUCCAUUUCUAUAUUGAAAUAUAACCACGGGUUUUUGCCUGGUCACAAUAAAAAAAUCAAAAUGGCUGAAAAACAUCAUUUAAUGAAAGGAAAAACUCACAACAGCAGGAAAAACAAUUUUAAUAAGCACGUUAAAAUAGGAAACGCAUUAAAUGAACGUCACAUUAUUGGUGGAAAUGCUCACGAGAAUAAACAAAGUUUUGUUGGGGGAAAUGAGAAUAUACCAGAUAUUAAUAAAUAUAGAUCAGAGUCUGAUUAUGUGGGUUCAACAGUUCCAGGCUCCUUGGGGCCAAGAAUUUGCAAAAACGUAGAAUUAUACGACCGUGUGUUGUACGUACAGAAUGACGGCAGUAUCGACAUGACACACAUAUUGUCUCCUGUUAGGAUGAAGAAUAUUGGCAUAGAGUUCAUUCUGCAAAAUUACAAAAAGUGUUCGCUGCAGGAAUCAGAUUUGCAGCGCAACCCGAUGCUGUAUAUAGACUGGAGUAGAACCCCGGUUAGAUUAUUCGGUGGCUCGUUUCCGAAAACCACAACGGAUCUCUGCGGGUUCUUUUAAAUUUGUUAUUGCAUUGUUUAAUUAAUACAUUGUUUUCAUUAUUAUUAUUUUUUGUAAAAGUUAAAUUGCACUUAUUAAUGGAAAUAAAUGUUCAAUUUUC